AGAGAGAGAGAGAGAGAGAGAGAGAGAGAGAGACUGAUGUGUACUGCGGCGUACUUCACAUUCAUUUGUAAAUAUCAAGCUGGCUUCAGUGAGUCGAGGUUCUUAUCUAUUGCGGAUUGCUGUGAUUGUCUGACGGCGAGCUUUACUCUUUAAAGUGAAAUAUUUUCGACAAGAGCACCAUGGCGGUCCAGCUCUCCACCUCUAUAAACAUUAAAGAGCCCCGCUGGGAUCAGGGAACGUUUGUGGGUCGAGCGAAACAUUUCUUCACUGUCACAGACCCCAGAAAUAUCCUCCUGUCAAAUGAACAACUUGAAAAAGCACGUCAGAUCAUUCAGGAUUACAGACAGGGGGUGAUAACACCAGGACUAACAGAAGAUGAACUCUGGAGGGCCAAAUAUAUUUUCGACUCAGCAUUUCAUCCGGACACAGGAGAGAAAAUGCUCCUGAUUGGUCGCAUGUCUGCUCAGGUCCCUAUGAACAUGACCAUCACUGGAUGUAUGAUGACUUUCUACAGGACAACUCCAGCAGUUUUGUUCUGGCAGUGGAUCAAUCAGUCCUUUAAUGCAAUAGUCAAUUACACCAACAGAAGUGGAGAUGCCCCAAUCACAGUAAAUCAGCUCGGAGCAGCGUACGUAUCAGCAACAACAGGUGCAGUUGUGACUGCUUUGGGGCUAAAUGCAUUAGCAAAGCACGUUUCUCCGCUCAUAGGACGAUUUGUACCAUUCGCUGCUGUAGCCGCUGCAAACUGUAUCAAUAUUCCACUAAUGAGACAACGGGAACUCCAACAUGGCAUUCCAGUAACGGAUGAGAAUGAUAAUCGAUUAGGAGAAUCUUCAAAGGCAGCUCAGCAGGCCAUCACGCAGGUGGUUGUGUCCAGAAUCCUCAUGGCCUCUCCUGGAAUGGCUAUUCCUCCAUUUUUAAUGAAUGCUUUGGAAAAGAAGGCUUUCCUCAAGAGGUUUCCGUGGAUGAGCGCACCCAUUCAAGUUGGCUUGGUUGGAAUUUGUCUUGUGUUUGCGACGCCGUUGUGCUGUGCAUUAUUUCCACAAAAGAGCUCUAUGGCAGUGAGUGGAUUGGAGGCAGAACUACAGGAGAAGAUUCGAGUCAGUCAUCCGGGUGUAGAGCGAGUCUAUUUUAACAAAGGACUGUAACUAUUUCAUCUUUUGUGUGCCAAAGUUCACCAGUUUUUCUCCAGGACGUCUUAACCUCAGUCAUUUUGUAAGAUGCUUUACAUUUUGACCUGUUUUUAAUUAUUAUUUGAAAUGAAAUGCGUUUCGUCAUUGCUGUUGUGUGUAUGACCGUGCUUAUCCAUUUACAUUUCAGAAAUAAGAAGUUUAGUGUUUUCUGCCAUGUGCCAUACUUGGUUAUUUUAAGUAUAUCUGAAUUAAUGAUGCCAGAUUAUUGUCUUGUCCUCUCCGUUAGUCUCAGUAUUUUGUGUUGAUCUUUUCAUGAGAGUUAUUGUUUAUACAGUACUGCCAAAUUCAGUUUUUAGAAGUCAUCAUGUGACCUCUUUGACAAAAGUGCAAUCAUUACAUUGACAACAUUGCCAAAUAUAAACCUCUGCUGCUCAUUUCACUAAGACGCAGGUUUAAUAAACAGAGAAAUGAUAGCAUGGAUUAAAAGAAGAGUAUUAUAUAUUUUGCUAGCCUCAGUAUUUUGAGUUCAAACCCUUAGGAUGUUAAUUCUGAUCAUAUUAUUUCUCUGCAUGAACAAACUUUUUGUGAGGUUAAAGUUCAAAGUCUUCUCAUUGACUGCUCCAAAGUUCACUCUUGUCUCAGUUUAACAUUAUUAUUUUACCUAAAGAGAUGCCUGUUUAUUUUCAUGUAUAUUUAUACCUUUGUUAAGGUAUUCAGGUACGACAGAAAACUAGAAGCUAAUGCACGCUAUUUUAGGUAGUUUUCAUUUAAUCUCAUUUUCUCUCAUAAAUCAUAAGAGUCCAUACUUUUAUCAACCUGUAUUUUUAUUUAGUUCAUGCUAUUGUAACAUUUUUCAAGUGUUACGUUGCUUUUCUUAAACAUUGUGUACCUGCUGGUCUAUUGUAAGUCCAUGAUUUUUUUAUUGAUGUUAAUCCUUGUGAACAUUGAGUUGAAUUAACUUUAUGUGUUGAGGUAUUUUAUAUGUGUAAUGUUUUAUUAUGUAGAGCUAGAAACUGUAUUGAGAGAGUAUACCAGCUCAUUGGUAGCUGUGUGUUGACAGCUCAGAUCAUGAUGAUGAUGAUGAUGAUGAUGUAGUUGAUGUUUGUUUGGUUAAUGAAUGUAGUUUUGGCAGUAAUGAAAUCAAACUGAGAGUCAGUCAGUGUUUCUCAUGAGUAUAGUAAUGGUGGUUUAGUUGGUAGUCACUAUUUGUUUUGUCAAACUGUGAAGAGCACAAUAGGUUUUAUUUUAGUUUUCAUCCAGUUCAAUAAUUGUAUGUUUCAGGCUCAGCAGAUGUUUAUAGGCUUUAAUAAUGCAUUGAUUAUUGACGACGAUUUUGUAGCCAAAUCAAGGCCAGGGUUAAAAUUCACAGGACAUCUUUUAUGUGUGAGUCUCCUUUCCUCUACUGGCCUAUGAGUAGUCAAUACCAUACAGGACCUUAGUGUGAGCACCUCAUCACUAGGCCCAUGAAGGUCAGACAGGUGCUCUGGUCUUUGAUCAGUCCCGUUUAAUUUGAGAUCACUGAUGGGACAGAUAGAUUUUAUAACAAUAACCUGCUUUUAAACCAAUCAAAAAUAAUCUCAACAGUUACUCAAGGACUGCUGGUUUGUUAAAGUUAACAGCAUUGUAGACUUUUUGGUCUUUUAUUUUAUAGGAUUUUCAACACUCUUAUAUUUCAGGUAUUUUAAUUUCAUGAUUUAAAUGAUAAGUGAGAUCCACUGAAUUUAUGUUUUCCUUGACAAGAAAAUAUUGCCAUAUGAAUUAAACCCUGUUUGUUUUUUAAAUCUCAUGCUUAUAUUUGGAACAGAACAACAAUAAUGUGAACAAAAAUCUUUAAAUGAUCAACAGAGUAAUAAUAAAAUGAUUUGUUUACAUGA